AUGGCGGUUCUCGCUCUGCCGUCGCUCGCGUCCCGGGUAGGGCUCGCGCCCCGCCGCGCGUCCGCACGCCGCGCGUCAUCCAUCGUCACCCGCGCCGCCGGCGCCGACGCGGUCCCGGCCAAGGAGGCCCGCGCCGCGGCCGAGGCGACAAAGGUGGUGGCGAGAAAGGGCGUGAUGGAGACGCUGGGAUUCGGCGGGUGGGCGCCCGAGGUGAUCAACGGACGGGUGGCGCAGAUCGCCUUCGUCGCGGGCGUGGGCGCGGAGCUGGCGACGGGGGAGACCCUGCCGACGCAGUUCCACGACCACGUCUUCUCCCUCGCGUUCGUCUCCGUCUUGGUCGCGCUCGCGUCGUUCAUGCCCAACGUGCAGGCGAAAAAGUUCACAUCCGAGCCCGCCACGAAGGGCGCGUUCGGGCCCUUCUCGCCGGGCAAGGAGAUGCUGCACGGAAGGCUCGCGAUGAUUGGGCUGGCGGCGGCGUUCGCGAUGGAGCUGCACUCCGGGACCCCGCUCUUCGCGCGAUAG